AUGCCUUCGUCACCCUCCUCCGACGUCGGAGAGCCCUUGGAGUCCCGGUCGCAGAUGCAAUCGCCUACUCAAGUCGAUGCCAGGAUUCCAACCAUGCUCGAGAAUCAGCCUAUUGAGCUGCGCAAGAUGAUCCUCGCAUUCCUUCCCGAUACAGAGUCGCUUGCGGCCGCUGUGCUUUCCUGUCAAGCAAUGAAGAAUGCUUUCACUGAGUCGUCAGCUCUCAUUCUGGCGCGUGUGCGGCUCAACCAGAUGGACUCUGCUACCCUUCGUUUCGCUACCAUGGCUAUCGAAUGCGAAUCUGUUCCAGUCCAAUGCCCAAGAAGUGUGAGCAUCUUUGUCAAUGCACAAAGCUCCUUAGGCAAACCCAAACACAAACCACUCCCUUGGGCAUUUUCCAACAGCUAUAUUCUACGCCUCUCCGAAAUGCAUCACGUUGUCGAGAGAAUCAGUCUACGGAUUCAAGCAUUCGCUUUGACACAGGCACCGGGAUACCCUUCACCAUUCACUGGGCCCCUAUCCCGCGAGGAGAAAGGCAGAUUCAACCGAGCAUUGUAUCUCUAUCACAUCCAAUCUGUUCUUUUCCCUGCGAUCCAUUGCGAAUGGGACAACACAGCUUGGCGAGGAGAGUUUCUGUCUUAUUUCAGUUUACUGGAGCUGUUCCAGCUAGAGGCUGUGUACGAUACUCUUAGUAUUCUGUGCCAGACUGCAUACCAAACUCUAGGACUUCCGUCAAUCUACGCUCCUCCAACGUUUCACGAAUGUCCCUAUGCCCAACGCUGCACGGUCACAAUCCUCGACGACUUCAUCUCAACAGUUGGGUUGCCCAAGCUUCUUCGAGUCCUCGACAGAUCAAUUGACCCAACAUUUCUCCUAUGGGAUCUUGAAACCAUCAAAGAAUACCGCCUAUCAGGUGAAAAGCCAGUUGAUGUGAGACAUCGCGAACAACAUGUGCGGUCGUGGCAAAUCGAGAGCUUCUCGUCCAAGAGGUCCAACAUAGGUAUGGAGCUUGUCUUUACCUAUAGUAUCUCGUCGAAUAUGGAGGAUCUGUACGGUGAUAAAGAGAGGGGAGUUCUGGGAUUUGGGCCUAGAGUUUUUCUGGGAUUUUGA